AUGAAUUUUGAUGCAUAAACAGUGCUAGUGACUCAAAUGGGUAAAAAAAGGAUAAUUGAGUAAAUCCCAUAUUAAUAAAGUGGAACAAUGUUAAUAAAUUACAAGAAAGCUUUAGCCAUUAGAAUUAUUGAACACUAAAGAUCCAAAUACAAGGGUUUUGGUGAUUCAGAUUAAAAAUUUUGA